UUCAUCAUGGGAUUGCAGAAAGACAAAAGAGAAGAUGCUUAUAGUCGUCAUAAGCAGCUUAUGCAAGAGUAUUUGAAGCGAAAGACAGAACCAAAAGCAGCCUAUGUACCGCCAACAUACAAAACCCAAAAAGAUAUCCUUCGAGAAAACCACAAGUUUGUAAGAUCCGAACUAGACGAUAACACCACUUGGGAAGAGCGUGUGGCUAAAAAGUAUUAUGACAGACUGUUUAAAGAAUACGCUAUUUGUGAAUUAAAAUAUUAUAAAGAAGGCAAGAUAGCUUUGCGUUGGAGAACAGAAAAGGAAGUAGUAGUAGGUAAAGGACAGUUUAUUUGUGCCUCUACUCGUUGUGAUUGUACAACAUCUUUGACAAGCUGGGAAGUCAAUUUCGGUUAUGUUGAGAAUGGUGAGAAAAAGAAUGAGCUGGUCAAGGUCAGGCUGUGCCCUGAAUGCUCAGAUAAACUUAAUUACAGGACAAAAAAAACCCUUAAGCGAAAACAAAGACGUGAAGAUCACAAACAGACGAAAAAGAAUAAGCCAUCUGAUCGUUCUGCAGAGCAACCUUCGUCAUCAGAAGCAGAAGAAGCAGAAGAAGCAGAAAGCAAAGAAGCAUCAGUAUGGAGUAAACCAAUUGAGACUAAAGAAGAAAAGACAAAGGAGGAGGAGUAUGAAGACUAUUUCGAAGAUUUACUGCAGUAGUAUUUAAGUGAAUAAAGAACCCAUUUUUUCUC